AUGCCGGACACACAUAAAGUAAGUCCAGAGGAUGUGAGGAGAGCAGGAGCGGAAGCAGGAAAGAGGGCUCCUGGCCUCCGGAGCAGCCUUAACUUUGGUGCAACUUCCUGCAUGGCCAUCACCGGCUUACUGUUUGCCGGCGCCAUUGGCUACUAUACCCUUUAUGUCAACAAAAAGCCUGACCCCUCUGCACUAGAUGUCGUUAGGGUCCGCCGUGACCUUGACGACCUUCGUCCCAGAAAGUCUCUUGUCAACAGCACCGACCCCGCCCCAUGA